ACGCGGUCCUCAGGGGGGCCGCCUGCCGUGGAACACCUCGGCAGGCAUGAGCAUCCGGGCACGGUGGCCAGUCCGGUGGCGCUCAGUCAAGUGGAAUGCACUGCGGCGGUGCCCAAGACGACUUGGCAGAAAAGGCCCCUCGAAGUGCCCAUCACCAGUUUAGCCGAUGGCAUUGACAGUUCACGCAAUCUACGGGGGGGCAGGGUCUGCAUCUCACAAAGCGAGGGCAGAGACGAUGAGCUUGAUAGACCCUCAGAAACGAUGGCCGGGGUCCUGCCGGAUGAACGGAACGACGGCAGACGUGGUUUGACUGAGACUGCGACAGAAUUUGGUGAAGGUAGUAGUAGUGACCUGGAUGAGGGAGAAUUCAAGUGCGAGCGAGAAUCGAUGCCUGCGUGCGUUGCUGACAUCACAAACGACACAUCUGAAUUGGAAGACUUUGAAAAAAACGAAAAUGCAAUCAUACAGGACGGAGUCAAUGACGAGGCUGCUUCGACCAAUAUCAUCGGCACGUCGGUCACUUCUGAAGCGCGUGGAGGAGAUGCGGGACAUCUCAUCUCCUCCUCCAGCAGCAGCGAUGACGACAACGACGUUGAAUCAGAACGUAAAACCACAGCUGCCGAGUCACUUCAGCGGGAGCGUGCGAUUACCGACGACCGGCCAGAAGCGGUCGGCGCAGAGGUGAAAAUUGAAUUUCCACAGGACCCACCUAUGCAAGACCAACAGGUCCCCAUGGCAACGGAAGUGGUGGAGUCCGUGAUCAUGAUCGAGGAGGACAUCCUCACUGUCAUCCAGACGACCACGGUGGAGACGGAGGAGCUCACGGCAGACGAGGCAGACUUCAGCCUGUCCGAGGCACUCGACGAGCCGUCCGAGCGGGACGUGGCAGAGCGGCGAGCCGACGGCGGGGCCGACAAUGCGACGGAGGUGGACGUGGACACGGAGGACCUCAGCGUGGCCACCGACGUCAUAUUCUCAGAUCUGUCACUAACUGAAAAGACUGCGCGCCGUGCCGACCGAGGUGAAAAUGCCAGAGAUGCUAUAACAGAGGCUGCGCGAGGGGAUUCCCGUUCGAUGCCCGAUCGCGAAUUCACAGCUUGGCAACACGAUCAGAGGAAGCCGGUCAAAGCCCUCGAUAGAAGAAACAAUACAUCGAAAAUCCAGAGCUCGCGUAAAAGUCAAGACCCCAGGCCUGACCCACAGGACAAGAAUAAGAAGAAAGCAUCAGGUAGGAGCGCAGAGCCCACGAAACGAGCCGUCAUUCGUCUUAGAGCGCCCGCCCGGAGGAACGGCGCGGGUGACGCCGAAGUGUCGCACGUAGACGGAGAUCGAAAGGUGAUCGACGGCGCGUGGGUUUGCUGA